CUUCCAUGAAGAAACAUGGUGGGCGUACCCACAGCAAAGCAUACAGCCAAACAAGCCACCUCACUGGGUAUUCCCAUUUCUCUGCUUGAUGACCACCCACAUAUCGAUCUUGCCAUCGACGGCCCCGAUGAGGUCGACCCACAACUCAAUUUGGUGAAGGGAUGUGGUGGUGCUCUCCUGAGAGAGAAGAUGGUGGAGUUUGCUUUGGACAAGUUCGUUGUGGUGGCCGAUGAGAAUAAAUUGGUUGAUGGUUUAGGUAGUAGUGGUCUAGCUGUGCCGGUCGUGGUCGUGCAGUUUUGCUGGAAGUACAACUUGAAGAAGUUAGAGAAAUUGUUUAAGGAAGAAGGCUGCAAGGCUAAGCUCAGAGUGAAUGCAGAUGGGAAGCCCUAUCUUACUGAUAAUUCAAACUAUAUUGUUGAUUUGUUCUUCAAGACUCCAAUCAAGGACGCGGCAGCAGCAGGGAAAAAGAUGUCGGGAUUUGAAGGAGUGGUGGAGCAUGGAUUGUUUCUCGACAUGGCCUCUGUGGUUAUUAUUGCCGGGACGGAAGGAGUGAGCAUGAAGGUUAAGUGAUUUUUGAAUUGUGGGGUGAGAAAUUAGAACUAUCAUUGUUUCUCAAUUCCCAUAUAUUUUCCUUUUCUUCUUCUGUCUUUUUUCGUAUCCUUCAAUUCCUCUCUUUUGGGUACAAUUUUAGGUUUGUAAAAUUUAGUUGGAUCAAAUGGAUAUUUAAUUAGAAAAUUUAUAUUCUAUAUC